GAUCGGACGAUGCUGGCUUUUGAAUUCGAACGCUGUAGCUUGGUCUGACCUCGUGAAUUGUUUCCUGAAUGCUUGGUGAGUGUGGGUGCGUCCGAGGAGAGUUUGCGGUGACAAUGAGGAUCGUUUUGUUCCUGUCAAGUGUGCGAUCUCCGUGGAGGUGGAGCUUCCGUGUUCGGGGGCACUCUUGAAUGCUGCUUGAUGGAAACUCACUCGCAAGCCUUUGGUUAGCUUGAGUGGCUCUCAAUCUGUGUAUGCAGUUCGCUCUCUGAUGUUUGAUCGCAGCGACCAAUUAUUUUGAAAAGUUCAUGGAUUUAGACAUGUUGUAUCGCGGUUUCUUUUUGCCCCGUUCUCAACAUGUUGACGAAGGCCUCUGCCGGAUGCCGCUAACAACUGUUAAGGUUAGCAAUGUCUCCCUAGGAGCAACAGAGAGGGACCUCAAGGAGUUCUUUUCAUUUUCCGGUGAUAUCGCAUAUGUUGAGAUGCACAGUGACACUGAGCGGUCUCAAAUUGCAUAUGUCACGUUCAAGGAUUCUCAAGGAGCAGAGACUGCCAUUCUGCUUUCGGGUGCAACAAUUGUUGAUAUGUCUGUCAGCAUUGCUCUCGCUCCAGAUUACAAGCUGCCUCCUGAUGCUAUAGCACCGCCCGUAACAGAAAACAAAAGUCCAGCUGGUGGUGAAUCUGCUUUGCGAAAAGCAGAGGAUGUAGUUACCGGCAUGCUGGCUAAGGGCUUCAUAUUAGGCAAAGAUGCAGUGAACAAAGCCAAGUCCCUUGAUGAGAAGCAUCAGUUGACAUCGACAGCCUCAUCAAAAGUCGCUUCCUUCGAUAAGAAGAUUGGACUGACCGAGAAAAUCACUGUGGGUACCACGGUUGUGGGCGACAAGGUCAGGGAAGUGGAUCAAAAGUUUCAAGUUUCUGAGAAAACCAAGUCAGCAUUUGCAGCGGCAGAGCAAAAGGUUAGCAGUGCUGGAUCAGCCAUUAUGAAGAACCGUUAUGUGUUCACGGGGGCGUCGUGGGUAACAGGUGCUUUUAACAAAGUUGCAAAAGCAGCUGGCGAUGUCGGCCAGAAGACAAAGGAGAAAGUGGGAAUGGCCGAAGAGGAACAGAAGAGAAAAGUAGUGGAUGACUUUGCUCAAAUUCAUCUAUCGGAGUCUCCAAAGGCUUCUGCUUCGGCCGAGCAGAAGCCAUCGAAGCAUGAGCCUGUUCGAGGUCUGAUUCUGUGAUUUGGUUCUGUAUGGAACAUUGUGCAUCAUUUCACAUACUCUCAAUCACCUGUUCUGCUGUUUACCACCAAAACAGUGGUGCUUCAUUAUGGUCGAGUUGUCAGCGAUCGUUGCUUACAAA